AUGGACACCGCACAUCUUAUAAUUUUGUGGAGGGAUGCUGAUGCUUCUGGCCUCCAUGCCCAUUUUAUGGACACAAUUCCAAAAGUUCAUGUUAUUGCUGUCUAUGCAACAAUGAAUGUAGCUGCUAAUUAUAUUGUAUCCAUGCUGAGAUUAUUGUGGCAUGUGACAAGUGAUGUUAUGCCAGAAACUGGAGAGGAAAAGUUAUUGAAAGAACAAAUAGAGCAUUUGAAGAAGGAGCUUGAUAAAGAACUUACAACAAAAGUGAAUCGGGAACCUCAACAAGUUUCUGUUGACAAUCUACCCAGUUUAAGGGAGCUGAUAACUGAGAAAGAGAGGGAAUUAGUAAUGUUGGUUCGUGAUUUGGAUGACAAGGUUCGAUUUGGACCGAAAGCCAUUGAAAGGCCAGGUUCUGGGGCAGGCAGGGCUUCUGGGUUUUCAGAGAGACCGCCUUCGCGAUCUGGCUCAUUUGAUGAGUCUAGAAGUAUGGAGUUCAUGGAUAGGCCUCGAUCUCGUGGCCAGCCAGAUAUUUGGACAAGGCCUGCUGAUGAACGAAAAUCAUUUCAAGGUGGCAGGGAAAGAGGAUUUCUGGGUAGCAGAGAUUUUGACAGGUCUCAUGUUGUUGAAAGUAAUGUCAGCCAUGGUGAAAGUUUCUAG